UGUCCAGCCUAACCCGGUGUUUGAAGCAGAUGUGUUCAUUUACCUCCAGCUCUGAGGAGCCUCUGGUAGAUAUGGGGAACUGUCAGAUUCCUGUUCUGCAAAGCUGACAAGUUAACGACCUCUUUUGUCUGUGCAGCGCAAGUCUAACGACAAGAGCGACAAUGCUGUUCAAAGUUUUAAUUUUUCUGAGUGGAGCUGUGUUCUUGCACUAUCAGGUCCUGGCAGGAAAUGUCUACUUGGCGGAGUUGGUGGUGGAGAGUAACAUCACGCUGGAGGCCCAGACAGUCCUGUCCAUUCUCAACUCAACAGUCACCCUCCAAGUGAACGACAGCAAAGGCGAUGUCUACAGCGUGAACCUGGCCAGCAGCGAGUUGAUGGCAGAGUGUGUUCUUAUUGGCGAUGAGACCUCCUGUAACUGCUCCACCGGCUACGUUUGGAGCAACACCGUGUGCUACAACUACAACUGCUGCCGUGAGACCACGUGCACGGCCAACGUUUCCCACGUCAUUCCGCUCUGCGUCGCCAAAGUCACAAUUUUUCUGAACGGUUCAGUGGAGCAUACCAACCCCUGGGUGGAUGACAGCACAGAAACGCUUCAGCAGGGAUUUGAAAACCUGAAUGGUCUGCAGUACGUCAACAUAACCGGUCACAGAUCCAGCUCCAUUGUUGAAUUUGAGGCAGCUGUCAGUGUGUUAUUUAGCACCGCUAGACUUCAGGAAGUAGUGAAUGCACUGGAAGGCAAUCUCCAAGCAAAAAUGAUUGUCGACACACAAGGAAUAGUGAGCGUGGAGGCCCCCAGCUCUACGGUGUGCUACCGGUCUGAACCGGAGCUGAAAUGUUUCCUGAAUGAGGCAGUGGACGGCACCAGCUGGAGUCUGAGCCGACCCAACGAGUACUUCAAGCUCAAUGACGGCAGCGUGGUGCAGCAGAACCUCAACUGUGCAACACCCGAAUACCAGUCCUGUAUUUCUGUAACACUCAAGAAACUGACGAGCAUCUGGGAAGGAACAUACCAGUGUGAGUUUUUAACUGGGUCCAUCGCCCACACCGCCAGGAUCAGCCUGAAGGUGGCGCUGCUUCCUGAUGUGGUCACCCUGAAGAUUGACCCUCUGACCGUGCAGUGUGCUGGAACUCCUUCUCCCCAGACGAAGGUCACGGCCUCCAUCCCUAAAAGCACCGAGAGCUACAGAGUUUGGUGGAGCCUCAACGGUGAACGGAAAUCUGAUCUGCAGAACAAAACUAAUGGCGAACAUCUGGAAUACACCUUCAAUGCUGCUGUCAGCUGCCAGGAAACCUCCAAUCCACAGUACGUCAACAUCACUUUUGAAAACACGAAGGGACAAAUAAAGACCGCAAGAGUGGAUAUUCCAGUAAUCUACGCUGGAAAAGGAUUUUGCCAAGAAGAUGUGGUGGAUGGAGACUUGUGGCCGGUAUCCCCAGCAGGUGAGACGGUCCUGAACCGGUCGUGUCCUGAAGGCCGGACCGGAUACAGGUCCCGGACUUGUAGUGAAGGUCGUGUUUGGAAGGACGUGUUCUUCAACUGCGUCAACGAACAGCUGAUAAAAGUUGUGAAUGCAGCUGAAAAUUUCCUGAAAGGGCUGGGGGCGACCCAGGAGGUGGCUCUGAACAUCUUUGAAAGCCUGAAGAACAGCUCUACGGUUGAUCCUCAUUCCAGCGACGUGGAAGCCGACAUUAGCGCUUCCAUCAAUGUUCUGGACACGAUGUCCAAGGCUUCAAAACGGAUUCGCUUGGGAGAAGAAGUCAUACCUGAUUUGGUCGAUGCAGCAAGCAAUAUGUUGAACCACACUUGGAGCGGGGUAAACGAUUCGGUUCGUUAUUCCAUGUCAUCAAAUUACCUCAUAGCCAUGGAAGAUCUGGUGAAGAAUGUCAAGGUCAACAAGAGCAGUGAUUUCAUCAGUGAGAACUUAGACAUCAAAUUCUGCGCUGCUAAGGACUGUAAUGUGUCCUUAUUUGACAUUGGGGUGACGCUGAACAAGACCACCGGAAUACUGAAGACCAUGGCUAUGAAGAAUCUCAUGGGUAAAUUGAAAAACACCUUCCGCAAAACAGAGCACACCGACCUUUUAUUAUCAGUCACGCUGAAUAACAACAACGAUUCAAAAUUAGAAAUUAAACUGGACUUCCCGUUUAAGAAGGAAAAGUCAAACAGAAAGUUUCACUGUGUCUUCUGGGAUGUCAAGAAGAGCGACUGGUCAGACGAAGGAUGCUUUGUCCGCUCUAGUGAUGGUGAAGACAUUCAGUGUGAGUGCCACCACCUGACGGCAUUCUCUGUCCUCAUGGCCAAAGGCGACAUUUCCACCGAGACCCUGGACACCAUCACCACUGUGGGCCUCAGUGUGUCCGUCUUCUCCUUGCUGCUCUUUCUGACCAUUGAGUUUCUAGUGUGGUCGGCUGUGGUCAAGAGCAACCUUUCACAUUUCCGCCACACAGCUAUAGUGAACAUCGCUGUCUUCCUUUUGCUUGCCGACUGCAGUUUCCUGGCUUCCACCUCGCCUGAGUCUCUGUCUGACACCGUGUGCUUCGUUUUGACCGUUUGUAAGCACUUGUUUUUCUUGGCGAUGUUCACCUGGAUGCUGUGCAUGAGUGUCAUGCUCGUCCACCAGCUUAUCUUCGUGUUCAACCCGCUGAGGAAGCGAGUCUUCAUGUUCCUCUCCAGCAUCUUGGGCUACGUUGUCCCAAUCCUGAUUGUUGGGUCCAGCUAUAUCUAUUGCAAAUACACCUACAGGCCCUACUAUGACAAGAAAACAUGCUGGCUAGUUUUUGAAAGACUUUUAGAGGGCUCCAUGCACGCUUUCCUCAUCCCAGUGGGAACCAUCAUGAUGACGAAUCUCUUCUCCAUGGUGGUCGUCAUCGUUACUCUGGUGAAGUCCUCGGUUCCAGACAGCAGCAAGGCAGACGACAAGGACACGGCCAAAGGCAUCCUGAAGGUGGUGCUUGUUCUAACGCCCAUCUUUGGCGUUACGUGGAUUAUCGGCUUCUUUCUGCUCAUGUUGGAGCCUGAUAACCCCAUGUUUGAGGUGGCUAACUACAGUUUCACCAUUCUCAAUUCCUUCCAGGGACUUUUCCUUUUGAUUACAGGAUGUUUUGCAGAGCAGAAGGUCAGAGAAGAAUUCAUAAAGAUCAUAACAGGAAAAUCCAAAGGAGGCGACACCUCAAAGAAUUUUACUUCAACUACAAACACAAAAGACAAAUGAAGACACAGACUGUGGAGAUGGAAACAGCAGCUCAUAUAUGUGCAGCUCCACAUGCAUGUACCAGACAACAUAUCUCAGCUACAGUUCUUACAGCGGUGGAGGUGGUUGUAGUAAAACCAAGUAACAUGUCGAUUAGAGCUUUGAU